CGGAGGAAGGGCGAGGGGGAAACGCGCGUCGCAUCGUCAUGGCAACUUCUUUCUCGCGAACGCAACAUCUGAGGGCAACCGGACUAGGAACUCGUGUGCAGAAAACUGAGGCUUAUCCAGACGAGACAUGCGCUCACUAACGGCGGUGGUGGCGACUGCACGGCGCCUUGCGCUUGGUCAGAGGAGGUCUCUACUAUGCUCCGACAGACGGUCCUUCCACAUCACAACAAAGUGCCGUGAUGAUGCCCUGCAAACUCCAGUCGAGGCGCUGAAGGGACGUGGCUUGCUCAACGCAGUUUCAAAUCCAACCUUGUCCAGUUACCUAAAACAGACGCGCGCAACCGUCUACACCGGUUUUGACCCAACAGCCACGAGCCUCCACGUAGGCAACCUCCUGAUGAUAGUGGCACUGCUCCACUUUCAGGCUCAAGGGCAUCAACCGAUAGCACUGAUAGGAGGGGCAACGGGAUGUAUAGGCGAUCCGAGUGGAAAAAGCGUCGAGCGAAAUGCGUUAGACGCGAAAACUCUGAAUGCGAACAUUAAGGGAAUCGAUGCGCAACUACGAGCUGUGUUCAAAAAUGCCCACCGAUACAUGACGAAGCGGCGGGCAAAUACGGUUCCCGAAAGCGAUAUCCCGCCAAUAGCCAUCCUCAACAACUUGGAGUGGCUGAAGGACAUGACGUUGUUAGACUUCCUCGGCGAUGCAGGAAGAUUGGCACGCGUCUCGAUAAUGCUCUCCCGGGAAAGCGUGCAAAGGAGGCUCGACAGUUCAGAAGGGAUCAGCUUCACCGAGUUCUCGUACCAGCUACUGCAAGGCUACGAUUUCUAUCACCUGCAAAAGACGAGGGAUUGUCGUAUCCAGAUCGGUGGAAGUGAUCAGUGGGGUAACAUCAUGGCGGGGAUGGAGCUGAUUCGCAAGAAAGCUGGGGUAGCAGCACCAGCGGGAGCGAACGCUGCUGAGGAGGGGCAAGAAGCCGAACCGCAUGCAUAUGGGUUGACCCUCCCGCUGGUUACCAACGCCAAAGGGGAAAAGUUUGGAAAAUCAGAAGGGAACGCCAUAUGGCUGGAUCCGGAAUUAGUUUCCCCGUAUGAGUUUUACCAGUUUUUUCGACGCACCCCCGACUCGGAGGUAGAAAAGUACCUGAACUACUUCACCCUCCUGCCCCGCGACAAGAUCGCCGACGCUAUGACGCGGCAUGCGGAAAAGCCUGGCCGACACGUUCCCCAGCGGCUACUGGCGGCCGAAGUCACCGAGAUGGUUCAUGGAGAGGUCGCAUGCCAAAAAGCAUCAACAAUGAGCUCGGUCAUGUUUGACGAAAGCCUGACAGAUACUUCUUCCGCAAACAUCAUUGACGCCUUCGAAGGCGACUCGAGAAUGGUGUCGGUGCCGAGAGAUAAGGUGGUCGGAGCGGAUAUCGUCAGUGUCGCUUUGCUUGCUGGGGCCGUCCAGUCUAGAUCCGCAGGACGUAAGCUUCACUCGUCGGGUGGUCUAUACCUUAACCAACGGCAGGUCGACCCUAAGACGCCGCUAGCAAAUGCUGUGGUUUCGGAGAAGGAUCUCAUUGAAGGGGUCGUAUGUGUGAUCCGGACGGGGAAGAGUAAUAUGCGAGUUGUUCGUGUGAAGGACGCUUGAUUGUGGGGAGGGAUUACGGAGAACAGGUCGGCGUAUUGUGAGUUUUGGGUGAGGUUAGUCGUACUGCAUCCGUAGGAGAUGACUUUUUGUCAAUCGGUGCACGUAGAUGUAUCAUCCCCUUAUUGUGAAACAUCAGCAUAUACAUGGCGUGUACUGUCAAUAUGUACAGGUUCAGCGUUCUAGAGUCUCAUACUUCAAAAGAAAGCAUACCAAAAAGAACAAAGAGAAUCCAUCGCGGCAGGCAUCACAACCAGACCUAACGUCGGCCCCAAUGCCAAGCCCACCCUCACCCACCACCCUCCGCCCACCAACGAAG